AUGCUUUUGUAGCCUGUGUAGAGGGACGUUCCGCCUCCUCCUUAUUUGACGCUGUCUAUCAUCAGAGCGGCUAAACGGACGAACACCUCCACGGUCAUAGCAUGCCGGGACUGCUGCUCGGAGAUGUAUUUCCUGAUUUCGAGGCAGAAACCACACAAGGGACAAUUAAACUCCAUGAAUUUUUCGGUGACUCAUGGGGAAUCCUCUUCUCUCACCCCAGAGACUACACCCCUGUGUGCACCACAGAGUUGGGCCGAGCUGCCAGACUGAGCGAUGAGUUCAGCAAACGCAACGUCAAACUGAUCGCCUUGUCCGUCGACUGCCUGGAGGAUCACCAUGGCUGGACCAAGGACAUUCUGGCGUACAACUGUGAGGAGUCGUCCUGCUGCUCGCUGCCCUUUCCCAUCAUAGCGGACAGCAAACGGGAGCUGGCAGUGGCCUUGGGCAUGCUAGACCCAGACGAGAAGGACAAAGAUGGCAUUCCACUGACUGCUCGCUGUGUGUUUAUUAUUGGCCCUGACAAACGGCUGAAACUGUCGCUGCUCUACCCGGCCACCACAGGACGCAAUUUUGACGAGAUCCUGCGGGUGGUGGAUUCACUCCAGCUAACAGCAGGGAAACGAGUGGCCACGCCUGCCGACUGGAAGCCUGGAGACUGUGUGAUGGUUCCUCCCAGCAUGUCCGAAGAGGAGGCGGCCGCUUGGUUCCCAGCUGGCGUCUACACCAAAGACCUGCCCUCAGGCAAGAAGUACCUCCGCUACACACCCCAGCCAUAAGACCGGCUGAGAGCACUGAUGUUCAACACUCACAUCUGGACUUAAUCCAGCAGUUUUCAGUCUUACAGUCCAUGAAUACUGCUGGGUUUCCUUCCUAUUUGCAGAUAUCUAAGGGGUGAAUCAGUCAGAAUGGAUGGAAAUGAAUACCAGUGCCUUAAUAUAUAAGUAGGAUUAUUCUAAUUUAGAUAUUUUACAGCAUUGCAGCACAGCUACAGCAGUAAAAGUGGCAACAAUCUACAUAAUUUUCCCAGGAAAUUAUGGAAAAAGUGGUUGAGAAAAUCUUUUUUUAAAUAUUUAAAGAAUAAAAAAAUGGUAUGACUGAAGGUUUGGCAGAAUAAGCUUGAAUUUUGUAACAGUGACACCAUUUGGGUUCAAAUAUUUCCCAUUAUAUUAUACAUUGUUUACACUUCUCAUCCGAUUUUUUGAUGCAGUGCAAGCAUAAGUGGUUUACAGUUGAUGUUUUGCAAGCAAAUAAAACUAUUUCCUUGCCAGGUUUACUUCAUUUAACACAUUAAGGAGCCAUUUACAAAUGUUUACAUUAUUUAAUACUUGUAGAAUUUCUAUUACCAAAAAACUGUGAUUUACUGAUGAAGUGAUUGGACAAACUAGAUAAUUUCAAUGAAAUUCUUGUUUUUUUGUACCUGUAUUCUAAUGAUUCACUUCAGUGGACAAUAAAAGAUGUAAGAUUCAUAAUUCAUUUCCAGAAAAUAAUAAACUAACAUUUGCACUUGC